UAUUUUCACGCGGCACCACGUUAGCUCAGGCUGUUGUUGUAGCUCCUGCAGCUAAUCAUAAUUUGAUGAUAAUCUGAGAAAUAAUAAAAACCUGUUCGGGUUUUGUCUUCAUCCAUGCCACUAAAGGAUCAGUCAAACUCCACCGCAGCCAUGAAGCCAGCCGUGGAUGAGAUGUUCCCGGAGGGAGCCGGACCGUACGUCGACCUGGACGAGGCUGGGGGAAGCACAGGACUGCUGAUGGACCUGGCUGCCAAUGAGAAGGCAGUUCAUUCAGACUUCUUCAAUGAUUUUGAGGAUCUGUUUGACGACGACGACAUCCAGUGACAGUCUCAGCGUGUCUUCAGAGUAAUAAUGGAUGAUAUUCACACCACUCAUCACCUCUUUUUUUUUGUCCUUUUUUGGAGUCAAAAGCAAACCAACCAUUUACCGUCUAAUGACAUAUAAUUUCCUUUCAUAGUUGUCCCAGGUUCAGGCUGUUUAAAACAUCCUUAAAAAAGUCGUCACCAGCUCCAGAUGUUGUGAAAUUCUUAAGAUCCCAGGGAUUCCUUCAUAUGUGGUAUGUUAAAAUUAUGAGCCUGUAUCGCGCUCGUGUCUUUCGACUGCUUCUAAAGUGGAUUGCAGGUUUCAGUGUGCCGGAGAACACCUGUUAGGAGCGUAAAUUAUACAUGUGAUGGGCAGAGGCUCCAUACGCUAUCGCCCUUAAACAUGCUGCAGAUGGCAUAUGAUAAACGACGGUCUGCUAAAAACGACUUAAAUUAUUUAUGUGACCCGUGUGUGAUAGUCACACGUGUGUUUGGUUUUAUAUCUGCAGUGAGUCAUGUUACAUCAUGAAUUUGUACAUAUGUGUACAGUAGUUAUGCAUCCACAGUAUUUUUGUCAAGACUAUAUAUGUGACUGGAAUGGUCAAAAAGACAAUAAAAGCACUUUGUAGAUAUGAUGAUA